AUGGGCUGCGCCCCCAGCAUCCACGUCUCGCAGAGCGGCGUGAUCUACUGCCGGGACUCCGACGAGUCCAACUCGCCCCGCCAGACCACCAGCGUGUCGCAGGGCCCCGCGGCCCCCCUGCACGGCCUCUUCGUCCAGACCGACGCCGCCGACGCCAUCCCCCCGAGCCGCGCAUCCUGGCCCCCCGGUGCCGCCCGCGGCCGCAGGGCCCGCGGUGAGCUGGGCAGCGGCAGCAGCGCAGGCUCCACGGCCCCCGCGGCGACCACCUGCAGGGGCCGGAGUCGCCACUGCUGCAGCAGCGCGGAGGCCGAGACCCAGACCAGCUACACCAGCGUCAAGCAGGUCUCUUCGGCAGAGGUACGCAUCGGGCCCAUGAGACUGACGCAGGAUCCUAUCCAGGUUUUGCUGAUCUUUGCAAAGGAAGACAGUCAGAGUGAUGGAUUCUGGUGGGCCUGUGACAGAGCCGGUUACAGAUGUAAUAUUGCUCGGACUCCGGAGUCAGCCCUGGAAUGCUUUCUAGAUAAACAUCAUGAGAUUAUUGUGAUUGACCACAGACAAACUCGAAACUUUGAUGCAGAAGCAGUGUGCAGGUCGAUCCGGGCCACAAAUCCCUCGGAGCACACGGUGAUUCUUGCGGUGGUUUCACAAGCAUCCGGCAACUAUGAAGAGGCCUCGGUCCUCCCUCUUCUGCACGCAGGCUUCAACCGGAGAUUUAUGGAGAAUAGCAGCAUAAUUGCUUGCUAUAAUGAACUGAUUCAAAUAGAACAUGGGGAAGUUCGCUCACAGUUCAAGUUAAGGGCCUGUAAUUCAGUGUUCACAGCAUUAGACCACUGUCACGAAGCCAUAGAAAUCACAAGCGAUGACCACGUGAUUCAGUAUGUCAACCCAGCCUUCGAAAGGAUGAUGGGCUACCACAAAGGUGAGCUCCUGGGGAAAGAACUCGCCGAGCUGCCCAAAAGUGACAAGAACCGGGCGGACCUUCUUGACACCAUCAACACCUGCAUCAAGAAGGGCAAGGAGUGGCAGGGGGUUUACUAUGCCAGACGGAAAUCCGGCGACAGCAUCCAACAGCAUGUGAAGAUCACUCCAGUGAUUGGCCAAGGAGGGAAAAUUAGGCAUUUUGUCUCCCUCAAGAAACUGUGUUGUACCACUGACAAAAAUAAGCAGAUUCACAAGGUUCAUCGUGACUCAGGAGAUAAUUCUCAAACAGAGUCUCAUUCAUUCAGACACAAGAACAGGAGGAAAGAGUCCAUUGAUGUGAAAUCAAUAUCAUCUCGAGGCAGUGAUGCACCAAGCCUACAGAAUCGUCGCUAUCCAUCCAUGGCAAGGAUCCAUUCCAUGACCAUCGAGGCUCCCAUCACAAAGGUUAUAAAUAUAAUCAAUGCAGCCCAAGAAAACAGUCCUGUCACAGUAGCAGAAGCCUUGGACAGAGUUUUAGAAAUUUUACGGACCACAGAACUGUACUCCCCUCAGCUGGGUACCAAAGAUGAAGAUCCCCACACCAGUGAUCUCGUGGGAGGCCUGAUGACUGAUGGCUUGAGAAGGUUGUCAGGAAACGAGUAUGUGUUCACUAAGAAUGUGCCCCAGAGUCACAGUCACCUUGGGAUGCCAGUAACCAUCAACGAUGUCCCCCCUUCUAUCGCUCAAUUACUUGAUAAUGAGGAAAGCUGGGAGUUCAACAUCUUUGAAUUGGAAGCUGUGACACAUAAAAGGCCAUUGGUUUACCUGGGCUUAAAAGUCUUUUCCCGGUUUGGAGUAUGUGAAUUUUUACACUGUUCUGAAACUACCCUUCGGGCCUGGCUCCAAGUGAUUGAAUCCAACUACCACUCCUCCAAUGCUUACCACAACUCCACUCAUGCCGCUGAUGUCCUGCACGCCACUGCCUUCUUCCUUGGAAAAGAAAGAGUGAAGGGAAGCCUCGAUCAGCUAGAUGAGGUGGCUGCCCUGAUUGCUGCCACAGUCCAUGACGUGGAUCACCCAGGAAGGACCAACUCUUUCCUGUGCAACGCAGGCAGUGAACUCGCCGUGCUCUAUAAUGACACUGCUGUCUUGGAGAGUCACCACACAGCCCUGGCCUUCCAGCUCACGGUCAAGGACAGCAAAUGCAACAUUCUCAAGAAUAUUGACAGGAACCAUUAUCGAACACUGCGCCAGGCUAUUAUUGAUAUGGUUUUAGCAACAGAGAUGACAAAACACUUUGAACAUGUGAACAAAUUUGUGAACAGCAUCAACAAGCCAAUGGCAGCUGAGAUUGAAGGCAGUGACUGUGAAUGCAACCCUAUUGGGAAGAACUUUCCUGAAAAUCAAAUCCUGAUUAAGCGCAUGAUGAUUAAGUGUGCUGACGUGGCCAAUCCAUGCCGCCCCCUGGACCUAUGUAUCGAAUGGGCCGGAAGGAUCUCCGAGGAGUACUUUGCACAGACUGAUGAAGAGAAGAGACAGGGGCUACCUGUAGUGAUGCCAGUGUUUGACCGGAAUACCUGUAGCAUCCCCAAGUCCCAGAUCUCCUUUAUUGACUACUUCAUAACAGACAUGUUUGAUGCUUGGGAUGCCUUUGCACACCUGCCAACCCUGAUGCAACAUUUGGCCGAUAACUACAAACACUGGAAGACGUUAGAUGACCUAAAGUGCAAAAGUCUGAGGCUUCCAUCUGACAGCUAA